UUGUGAUCUAAUGCAGCAUCGUCUGAUCUUUCUACAGGUUUAUUAGAAAACUAUGGCCAGUAAGUUGGACAUUCCUCUCCGUGUAGAGUCACUUACAAUAGUGAAACAAUGUGAAGCCAAUCUGUGCAACAUCCUUAAAACUAAAUUUGGAUGUGUUGCCACCAUUGGGGGUGUGCAGCGGGAGAAGGAGAGCAGCACUCCUUACCAGAGACGACCUCCAACCAUUCCUCCACAGAAAAGACUUGAAUUCAUGAUGCCUUCGGGUGUAAAGGUGUCUGUAUGGAAGGCUGAUCUCACCUACUUUGCUGUUGAUGCUGUUGUGAAUGAAGCUAAUGAUGAGUUGAAGCACCAUGGAGGCCUUGCUCUAGCUCUGUCCACUGCCAGGGGUCUGCAAAUACAAAAGGAAUGUGAGGAUUAUGUCAAGAAACAUGGGAAAUUAAAAACAGGGGAGGCAGUUGUUUUGGAUGCAGGGCUACUACCUUGCAAAAAGAUCAUUCAUGCUGUGGGUCCAAAGCUGCCAUUCAAACCUGCAAAGAAUGAUGUGUUACAGGCAGAACCAUUAUUGAAGAAAACUAUUUGGAGCAUUCUUGACAAAGUUGAAGAACAACAUCUGGCAAAUGUUGCCAUUCCUGCCAUAAGCUCUGGAUUGUUCAACUACCCACUGCCAGAAUGUGCCCACACCAUAGUGUCUACUGUCAAACAGUACUAUCAAUACCUGCCCACUGGUAGACAUGUUCCGCAAGAGAUCUUCUUUGUGAACCAUGAUGAUCUGACAGUGCAGGCAAUGGAGACAGCAUCCCAUCUUAUAUUCAGUCUUUACCAGCAUCAAUCCUAUAGCCAGGCUGCAACAAGAAUUCCCAAAAGUGCCCCCAGAAUCCCACAUCCUUCAGUCAGGAUUGGAGAUGUCGUUCUGACGCUGAAGAUGGGUAGCAUUGAAGAGCAAAAGACAGAUGUCAUUGUUAACACUGCAUCAGUAGACCGAAACCUGCGUGUUGGUAGAAUUUCCAGCGCUAUAUUGAAAAAAGCAGGUUUGGAAAUCCAAAAGGAAAUUGUGAAAGUUGACAAGAAGAAGGGCCUUAUAAUCCGUACACAGUCUUACAGACUGCAAUGCAAAGAGGUGUUUCACACUUUUUGUGCUGAAAAAGGACUUCAUCCAGCAGCAGAGAAGAUUCUUUACAAUUCAGUAUUGGAGUGCUUAAUCACGGCGGCUGCACAGCCUUACACCUCAAUCAGCUUCCCUGCUAUUGGCAUUGGAGCCUUUAGAUUUAGUAAAGAUGACUCUGCUUCAAUAAUGUUUGAUGCUGUCUCUGAUUUUGCCAAAGAAAGUCAACAGAAGUUGGAGGUUUACUUUGUAAUAUUUCCUUCCGACCAUGAAACAUUCCAGGUCUUCGAGAAAAAAAUUGAACAUUUCCAGAAAGGAUCAGGACCUUCCUGCUUUCCUCCAGCAUUUGGGCGUAAAGCUGAUUCCCAUACCAGCAGAGCUUCAACUCCACACCUCAUCCUGCUUGGUCCGUCUGAUGAAUCAACACACGAGGCUGAGAAGUGGCUGAAUCGUCUUCUUUCAAUGCAAUCUCACACCAUUACGAUCUACAACAACUUUAUUUUGCACUUCAGGAUGGAAGACCAUCUCAGGCUAGAGUCACCCAGAAAAGGGUUGUUAAUGAAAAGCUAUUUGACUCAAGGUCAUGCAUGUAUAGAAAUAACCUCAAAGACAAAGGAAGAGACUGUUUUUGCUGCUCUGGAGGUGGAGGCCAUGCUCUGUAAAAUCCAGAAGGAGUUCAUCUCAGAGGAAGAAGGUGAACUGCAGAUGUUAUCUCAAACAGAGCUAUCCUGUAAAAGACAGACAGUAGAAAAGUCAAGCAGAGAAUUCUUGGAUCGAUCUGCUGCGUUCGGCAUUCACGGGCUCAUAGUAAUGAAGGUGGAAAAAGUAGAGAAUAAUCCCCUGAAGUUGAUGUUCGACCUGAAGAAAAAGCAGCUUGGCAGUUCAUCUUCUAGAACCAUGUUUCAGUGCAUCCCAGCACAGUUCUGUGAGAUGAUCAGUAGGAUUGGGUUCCAGGCUGAGUGUUCGCCGCCUGAAGGUAAAUCACCAAAAGUAUGA